AUGACUUCGGUAAACGAGCAAGUGCUCAGAAAAUUAGUUGAAAAGGACAAAGUAAUACUUCCAAAGGAUAACGAAGAUAAUAUCCUUAUCUCAUCUGCUCUGCCUUAUUGUAAUAACGUACCACAUUUGGGUAACGUAAUUGGUAGUACACUCUCAGCAGAUGUUUUCGCUAGAUACAACAGAAUUAGAAAUCGCAAUACACUCUACAUUUGCGGUACAGAUGAAUACGGUACAGCAACUGAGACGAAAGCUAUCGAGGAUGGCAUAACACCUAAGGAGCUUUGCGAUAAAUAUACAGCCAUUCACAAAGAAGUUUACGAUUGGUUCGAGAUUGAAUUCGAUAAAUUUGGACGCACUUCUACUGAUAAGCAAACAGAAAUUGUACAAGAUUUCUACAAAAAUAUCAGAAAGAAUAACCUUUUGGUAAAGUCAACGAAGGAGCAAAUUUACUCUGUUGAAGAAGACAAGUUCUUAGCAGACAGAUUCGUUGAAGGUACUUGUCCAUAUUGUCAAGCUGACGAUGCCCGUGGUGAUCAAUGUGACAAAUGUUCACGCACUUUUGAUAGUCCACUCGAGUUGCUCAACCCAAGAUCAAAAAUGAAUCCAAAAUCACAACUUGUCACUCGUCCAACUGCACAUAUGUACCUUGACUUGGGUAAAUUACAGCCAGCUCUCGAAAGUUGGUUGAAAGACACUGCUUCUCAGCACAACUGGCCUGGAAACAUUGUUAUCAACUCGGAUAGGGAGAUUGUUGAGGCAAGAAUGAAAGCAGGUCUUCAACCAUCAGCGAUCACCCGUGACUUAAAGUGGGGUGUCCCAGUCCCAGCUAUAGGUGACCCAGAGGAAGACGCUGAGAUGGCCGGAAAGGUUAUGUAUGUCUGGAUGGACGCUCCAAUUGGAUACAUCUCCAUCACAGCCAAUUAUACCGAUGAAUGGCAAAAAUGGUGGUUGAAUCCAAAGAAUGUCAAUUAUUACCAAUUCAUGGGUAAAGAUAAUGUUUACUUCCACUUGUGUUUCUUCCCUUCACUCUUAGUAGCUGAUGGACGUGACUGGACUAGACUCAAGUACAUUUCUUCAACGGAUUACCUCCAAUAUGAAGGCGGAAAGUUUAGUAAAUCUAAGGGAGUAGGUGUAUUCGGUAACAGUGCAAAGGAAACUGGAAUUUCACCUUCUGUUUGGAGAUUCUUCUUGCUCAGUCGUCGUCCGGAAUCUGGUGACACUGAAUUCACAUGGAACGAAUUCAUUGGAGCAAACAACAAUCAUUUGCUCAAGAAUUUUGGUAACUAUGUGAACAGAGUUCUCAAAUUUACUGCUGCCAAAUUCGACAGUACUAUACCAGGAGAAGCUGAAGAUGUCAAUCUCCAAUACUCCGAUGACACUGACUUUGAAGAGCGCAAAAAUAGCUUCGUUAAGGACAUUAAUGAGGUUCUUACUAGAUAUAUCGAUUCUAUGGAACGCGCUAACUUGCGGUCUGGCUUGGAUGAUGUUUUGGCUCUCUCUAGAAGAGGUAACGAGUGGAUCCAGGAGAACAAACUCGAUAAUGCACUUUUAGCUGAAAAUCCUCGCAGAGCUCAAAGAACUGUAUUGGUUGCUGCUAACCUCAUCUAUAUUAUCAGUGCAGCUAUCCAUCCAUUCAUGCCUUCAACCUCAGAAUCAAUCAUCAACCAAUUGGACGCACCUGCACGUACACUCCCUGAAUCAUUUGCUAUCGAUCUCUACCCAGGUCAUAAGAUCGGAACACCAAGUAUCUUGUUCACACGUAUAGACGAGAAGAUGGAAGAUGUAUGGAGACAAAAGUUCGGCGGAAGUCAAGAUGGACAACCAAAGGCACCAGAGCUGUCGAAGAAGCAACUUGCUAAGCAAGCAAAGGCAGCAAAAGCAGCAAAAGAAACAGCCAAGGUACCUGAUACACCUGAAGCAAAGGCUUUGAAUGACAGUAUCACUGCUCAAGGUAAUCGCAUCCGUGAUAUCAAAUCUGGAGCAAUCAAGGAUGCCGAUCUUGGCAAAGAGGUCGCGCAAUUGAAGCAGUUAAAGAAUGAUAUGGACGUCAUGAUCAAAAAGUUAGAAUCAUUGUAAUUUUGAAAAUUCUUUCCAAUUAAAAGCACAAAUCUAAUUACCCAAUCCGGACGUAUGCGUUAAUAAAGUGUGAGAUAUGAAGUAUUUUAUGCAGUAGAUAAAUAAGUUUUAGUAACAUCCCUUGGAGCACACACGUUGCAUAUCACUCCAGCGAUCUUCGAAGAUCUUCCUAUCGUCGUCAUAGGGC